CACAAUGGGCCCUUCGGGGGAGUCGAGCCCGGCAGAAGUGCGUUCCGCGCACGCAAGGGCCCGGGAGCCACGUGGGGCCGCGGAGAGCGUUUCCGGUGCGGGUGGCGGCAUCGCUGAAGCUUGAGAGCGUCUGCUGCGAGGGACCAUGGCCAACUGUGAGCGAACGUUCAUUGCCAUCAAGCCUGAUGGGGUCCAGCGUGGGCUUGUGGGCGAGAUCAUCAAGCGUUUUGAGCUGAAGGGAUUCCGCCUUGUUGGUAUGAAGUUCAUCCAGGCUUCUGAAGACCUUCUUAAGGAACACUACAUUGACCUGAAGGACCGCCCUUUCUUUGGCGGCCUUGUGAAGUACAUGCAUUCGGGACCAGUGGUCGCCAUGGUCUGGGAGGGGCUGAAUGUUGUGAAGACAGGCCGAGUGAUGCUCGGGGAGACCAACCCAGCAGACUCUAAGCCUGGGACCAUCCGAGGGGACUUCUGCAUCCAGGUUGGCAGGAACAUCAUCCAUGGCAGUGAUUCCGUGGAGAGUGCAGAGAAGGAGAUUGGCCUAUGGUUCAGCCCCGAGGAGCUUGUUAGCUACAAGAGCUGUGCCCAGAACUGGAUCUACGAAUGAGCGGGACACACCACCAGCUUGCUCUUCCACUCUGUUUCCUCGUCGCUCAUCCAGGGACCCAGCCAUAGCAAUUCUAGUCAUCUCAGAACUUCUCGACAUUCCACAAGGAAAUUCUGGGAGCCAGGGGUGCUCCCGGUACAGUGUUAAGUGCUGCCGUCAAAUUAAAAUGUUUCAUUCCAA